GCUGCGUGCAGCGGUGCUCUCCGGUGAGCAGUUUAUGGUCCAGCUGGACGCAGAGGCAGAGAGCAGGAGAGCUGUGUAUCCAUCGACGUUCACCGCCGACAUGUCUCCUGUGAAGCUCCAGAGUUCAGAUGAUCCCGAGCCUGUUGACAACGGCAAGGCCAAGAAAUGCAUGACCUCGCCACUGAAGGGACUGGAGACAAUUGCACCUCUGGUCCACUCUGUAGAAGAGACCCCCGAGCCAAUCUCCACCGAAGUACAAGGCACCAUUCCCUCCUGGAUCAAUGGCAAAUUCCUCCGCAACGGCCCGGGGAAGUUUGAGUUUGGAAACACACACUACAACCACUGGUUUGAUGGGAUGGCUAUGCUACACCAGUUCAAGAUCGAAAAAGGUCAGGUGAUGUACAUGAGUCGAUUCCUGCAGAGCGAUGCCUACAAGAAGAACAGUGAACAGGACCGCAUCGUCAUGUCAGAGUUUGGUACCCUCGCCAUGCCCGACCCCUGCAAAAACUUCUUCCAGCGCUUCCUGUCUCGCUUUGAGAUCAUGCAACCCACAGACAAUGCAAGUGUGAACUUUGUGAAAUACAAAGGUGACUACUAUGUCAGCACGGAGACAAAUUUCAUGCACAGAGUGAAUCCAGAAAACCUAGAAACAUUGGAAAAGGUGGACUGGAGCAAGUUCAUCGCUGUAAAUGGAGCCACUGCCCACCCACACUAUGACCCAGACGGCACCAGCUACAAUAUGGGCAACUCCUACGGAAGCAAAGGAGCUCUGUACAACAUCAUCAGAGUACCUCCUGAGAAGACACAUGCCACAGACACCCUACAAGGCGCCAAAGUGCUCUGUUCUAUUGUGCCUGCAAGCAAGUCCCAUCCCUCCUACUACCACAGCUUUGCCAUGUCUGAGAACUACGUGGUGUUCAUUGAGCAGCCAAUUAAGAUGGACCUGCUGAAGAUAGUCACAGGCAAGCUGAGGGGGAGGGCUCUGAGCGAGGGCAUCUACUGGGAUCCGAAGCAGGAAACUGUCUUCCAUCUCGUUGACAAGCAUACAGGCGAGGUCAGCUCAGUGAAGUACCACACCAAAGCCCUCUCCACCUUCCAUCAGAUCAACGCCUUCGAGGAGGAUGGCUUCUUGAUGCUUGACAUGUGCUGCUCAGACGACGGCCAAGCCAUCAAUAACUUCCUCAUCCAGAACCUCCGCAAGUCAGGAGAUGCAUUGGAUGAGGUGUACAACACCUUGUGCAGGGCUUUCCCGCGCCGUUUCGUUCUGCCCCUUCAGGUGACCAGUGAAACCCCAACAGGCCAGAACCUGAACACGAGGCCCUCCAGCGAGGCAACGUGUGUCAAACUCAGCAAAGAUAAGGUGUUCUGCCAACACGAGGAUCUCCAUGGAGACGACCUCCACGAGUACGGUGGCCUGGAGUUCCCUCAGAUCAACUACGACAGAUAUAACACACGACCGUACCGUUAUUUCUAUGGCUGUGGCUUCAGACACUUGGUGGGAGACUCUCUGAUCAAGAUGGACCUGAAGGACAAGACACUCAAGGUGUGGUGCCAGAAGGGUUUCUUCCCGUCAGAGCCCAUGUUCGUGCCGUUGCCUGACGCCGUGGAAGAGGACGAUGGCGUCAUCCUCUCUGUGGUUCUCACCCCCUCACAGGACAAAGCAACAUUCCUCCUGGUUUUGGAUGCCAAGACAUUUGAAGAGCUGGGAAGAGCCAACGUGCCUGUUAACAUGGCUUAUGGCUUCCAUGGUACCUUCAGCGCCUCUGCAUGAACCUGCCUCUGUUACAGAACCAGGAACAGUGUCUAUGAUACUGAAUGUAAUGUGACAAAUACAAAAUGAAGUCUUAAUCAUUAUAGCCACUAUAUUCCUGAUGGUACUGCUGCAUUAUAAGCUGAAGAUGGAUGCAGUGUUGUGUUACUGACCCAAUGUUGAUGAGGUACUUUUCUAAACUGAUCUCUGGUUUGUAGUAACAUCCAGCACAAAUGACAUUUUAUAGCACCUUUAGCAACAAACCCAACGAUAUUUAUGAUAUUAUCAAUUCUAUCCCUUUUCUAUCUACGUAAAACUGACGUACUGUGUGGUUUUUUUUUUUAAACUAAUUCUUAU